CUUCACAUCCAAACAAAUUAGACAAAACAAUGGUAGCUUAUUACACCUUCCUUCUCGCCCCUCUCAUCCUCGUCCUCCUCGCCUCCACCGGCGCAGCGUCCACGCCAGCUUUCAACACACUGUCCGCCCGCAGCCAUGCCGUCCUCACGUCGUCCUGUCGCAACGCAAGGCACCCGGACCUCUGCUACUCGUCCGUAGCCGCCGCCCCGGCCGCCGCCCAAAUGGCCACCCAGAAGGACGUCAUCAAGGCUUCCCUCAACGUCACCUGCACAUCCGUCCAGCGCAACAUGAUCGCCAUCAGGAACCUGAUCGCCAUCAGGAAAGACCUCACCCCACGGGCCAGGUCAGCACUGCAGGACUGCCUCGUCACCAUGGACGAAUCCCUCGACGAGCUCCACGUGGCACUCGCCGACCUGGACGAUUAUCCGAAGAAGAAGAAGAAAUCCCUGUACAAGCACGCCGACGACCUGAAAACCCUACUGAGCGCCGCCAUGACCAACCAGGAAACCUGCCUCGACGGCUUCUCCCACGACGACCACGAGAAGGAGGUCCGCAAGUCCCUCGAAACAGGUCCCGUUCGGGUGGAGAAGAUGUGCGGCAACGCCCUCGGGAUGGUGGUCAACAUGACGGCCACGGACAUUAAUGCGGCAAACGGCGUCAGCAGGGAGGAGGAGGAAAGCAAGAGCGCUAGUAGUAACGGGGCGUGGCCGGAUUGGAUCAAGGCCGGGGACAGGAGGCUGCUUCAGGCGUCGACGGUCGCGGCCGACGUGGUGGUGGCGUCGGACGGCAGCGGGAAGUAUAAGACGGUGUCGGAGGCGGUGGCGGCGGCGCCGAAGAAGAGCAGCAAGAGGUACGUGAUCAGGAUAAAGGCCGGGGUGUAUAAGGAGAACGUGGAUGUUCCCAAAGACAAGACGAAUAUCAUGUUCGUGGGAGAUGGGAGGACGACCACCGUUAUUACUGGGAGCAAGAAUGUCGCUGACGGCUCAACCACCUUUAACUCUGCUACCGUUGUGGCGGUGGGACAGGGUUUUCUAGCGAGAGACAUAACAUUUCAGAACACGGCGGGGCCCUCAAAGCAUCAAGCUGUGGCGCUCCGAGUUGGUGCUGAUCUGGCAGCAUUCUACCGCUGCGACUUCCUAGCCUAUCAGGACACCCUGUAUGUCCACUCCAACCGCCAGUUCUUCCAUAGCUGCCUCGUUGUCGGCACCGUCGACUUCAUAUUCGGCAACUCCGCAGCCGUCUUCCAGAACUGCGACAUACACGCCCGCCGACCAAACUCGGGCCAGAAAAACAUGCUCACCGCCCACGGUCGAACCGACCCAAACCAAAACACCGGGAUCGUGAUCCAGAAGUGUCGGAUCGGUGCCACGUCGGAUCUCCAGGCCGUCAAGGGAAGUUUUGGCACUUACUUGGGGAGGCCGUGGAAGCAGUACGCUAGGACGGUGAUCAUGCAGUCAACCAUAAGCGACGUCGUACACCCAACAGGAUGGCACGAGUGGGAUGGCAAUUUUGCAUUGGACACAUUGUUUUACGGAGAGCAUAAGAACACUGGAGCUGGAGCAGCUACGAAUAGUAGGGUGAAGUGGAAGGGACAUAAGGUAAUCACCAGUGACACCGAGGCCGCAGCGUUUACGGCGGGUCGAUUCAUUGCCGGUGGGUCUUGGUUGGCAUCCACUACUUUCCCAUUUAGUCUCGGAUUGUGAUUUGAUUAUUGUUAUUAUUAUCAUCAAUAAAUAGUAGUCCGAGAGAAACAAUUAUUAAAAAGGCAAGGAAAUAAAAUAAGAGUGAGUGU